CUCUGCUACCGUAGAAAAAACUCCUCAUAGAACAGACCCUGGUGGAGUUGAACCUACUUCUACUUCUCAUAACCUACAUUUGGACAGUGACACAGAUGAUGAACUAAUGUCUGGUCACAAUCGUAGCAAACUCACUGCUGCAGACACAGGAGCUGAUUUGGAGAUCCGUUCUGACAGCGAUACAGACCUGGAGGAGGAUGCUCCUCGGCCUCCACCUAUCAUUGCCAUGGCAACUAAACUUGCAACACUACCAGCCAAGGCCCUGUCUGUGACCUCUGCAGCUGCACCUACAUCAACAGCUCGUCUGACAGACUCUGACGCAGAUACAGAUGUGAAGGAGUCAGAUCUAGCACUGCAUACUUGGGCCUUGGCUGAUCCGGUCAACUUCAUGUUAGACAGUGAUACUGAUGUGGAUGAAGAGGCUGGUGAAGCAGAGGAAGGUGAAGGCCGGGUCUCAUGCUUGUCUGGAGGAAAGGACUUGGGAUCGCCACUGGUUUUAGCUUCUACACAGCAAAAAUGUUCUUUACGCUCUGAAUUAUCAGCACCUCUUGCCUCUUCAAUGAGACUUGUAGCAUCUUCUCCCUCCUCAGACAGCCAGGAGAAUGAUGACGUUGUCGUCGCAGAAACGCAGUCUUUCAUCCUGGAAAGUCGGGGUCACCAGGCCAGCCUUCCAGGCGAGGCCAUGCAUCUCAAGCUUUUGCCUGGGGACGAAGAAGAUAGACAGGCCCUCUCAGGAGGCUCUCUCCAGCUGGGCUUAUCUGACAGCAGCCACCUGCAGCUCCAGGCCCAAGCUCUAGCCAUGGAAAACACCCAAGCCUUUGUCCCCAUAGAUGGGGAUGUUAAUCUGGGAAGUGUCCAAGAGUGUGGAAAUAACCCUCCCGUAGACAGGAACUCUGUGGAGGAUUCAGACAUAGAAGCUAACAAGGCCUACGAAGGGAACGGGGAGUCUGCCAGUAAAUCAGAUGGGUUUGGUAAUGAAAAGCAGUUAGAUUUUGCAUUACAGGCAACACAACCAUACCUCCUAGAGCCCUAUGAGGAAGAGGAAAGAAUAAACAAAGCUGCUACUGCUGAGACUCAGCAGUUUUUCUUUCCCCCAAUAACCACUCUUGCCAUGGCUGAAACCCAACCAAUGUCUGCCAGUGGGGAAGAAGGGGAGGAGAAGGAGGAUCUUGUGGGAGUCAAAUCUUCUACAGUUUGUCAGAUAUCCAGAAAACAGAAUGAGGGAGAAGAAAGGGAUGAAACUGAUGAGACAAUUCAAGCUGAAGAGGGGCUUACCAGCAGUGACAUCUCCACCGCUGAAACUCAACCCCUGGAUUUGCAUGAUGCCGAGGAGAGUGACGAUGAGGAUUCAGUUCCAGUUGUACGCAAAAGGAAAGCAAAGCCACUGAGACCUGUGGAGGAAGAGGAGUCACAAUUGAUCCCUGGCUCAGAACCCUCUGAUGCUGAUACCCAACCCAUGUUUACCCAUGACAAUAAGGAGGAGGAAGAUGAAAAAAUAAUCAAACCUUUAUCUGCUAAAAGAAAGGGCAGAUCACAGAGUGGAAAACCAGAGUUAUCAACCAGCACUCACACCUCAACUGCUAAAACCAAACCUGAAGCCGCAGAAGAGGCCAAGGCCAAUAAGCAGAGAGCAACUGGACGACCACAAAGAGGGAAAGGUGGGAGAGAGUCUGACGCCGGAACCAGCAGCAGCAGCUGGGGGGGAAGAUUAGUGAGAGGGAUUAGAUUAGGAAAGGAGGAAGAGCGGGGCAAGCCUUCAGAGCUUCCUAAGAAACAAACAACGGGUAAGGGUAAAUCUUUGUUCAGCACCAGAGGAAGAAGAGGAGAAAUUAGACCUGAGGAGGAGGUGGAGGACAGUAAAGAUGAGAAGGUGCGGCAGGCUAAGCGAGGUAAAAAACCCACUAAACGAAGAGGAAAUGAGCAGGAGGAGAGAGAACGGAAAGAGGAAGAAGGAGUUGAAAUGGAACAACAGGAGCAAGCCGUAAAGGACAGGCUUCUAAAGGAACAAGAGAGAUCGGAGAGAGCUCUGAAGGAACAAGAAGAGAGGGAGAGGUUAGAGGAAGAAAGAAAGGUUAUGGAAGAAAGGGAGAGAAUAAAGCAGAGGGAACAAGAAAGAUUGGACAGGGAGAAAGCAGAAAGGGAAGAGAAGAGAUUAGAGAGGGAGGAGAGAGAAAGAAUGGAAAGGGAAAGAAAAGAGCUACAAAAAAUGGAAAGAGAGAAGAAAGAAAGAGAAGAAAUAGAAAGAUUGGAGAGGAAAGAACUAGAAGAGAGGGAGAGAUUGGAAAGGGAGAGAAAGGAAAGAGAAGAAACGGAAAGAAUGGAAAGGGAGAGGAAAGAAAGAGAAGAAAUUGAGAGGAAAGAACUAGAAAAGAGGGAAAUACUGGAAAGAGAGAAGAAGAAACGGGAGGAACAGGAAAGAAAGGAACAGGAACAACAGGCAAGACAGAGAGAGAAAAAUGAAAAGGAAGAAAGAGAGAGAUUGGAGAAAGAGAAAAAACAACAAGAGAGGGAGGUGACUGAAAAAGGAUUAAAAGAGCAAAAGGCCAGGGAUGAAGAACACAAGCCCAAAGCCUCCAAAAGGGUUUCCAGAGCAGCCAGAAGGAGCGUUGCAGCAGCAACUGAAGCAGAACCAGAGCUAGACCUCAAUAUCUCAAACAGCGAUGGUGUCCCUGCCAGGAGAACCAGGUCUCGAUCCAACUCGGCAAGCUCUGAGAGGUCCGCUUCCGGUGUGACAGCCCUACAGAGCAAAGGGAGAGGGAGAGGCCGAGGAGCAAAGACAACCAGUCAGCCAGUACCUGAAAUCACUACCAGACACAGCAACAGGCGGUGCACCGUUGCUGGAGAUCCAUCUGCCGAGAGAGGUACAACAGAACAGAAAACUGAUGAUAAUUUUCCACCAGGAGUCCUAUCCAGGUCCAACUCCCUCAACGCUGAGCCCUCUGGCUACAGCCCUAGUUCCCAGAGCCGAGGGAAAAGAGGCAGGGGGAGAAAGAGAGCAUCGGAGCCGGAGGAAGACUCCAUCCCCGCUGUCGAUAAUCAGAAUGACCACAGCCCAGCUCCCAAAGCAACAGCAAGAGGCAGGAAGAGUCAGAAAGUGGACAGUUCCUCUGAUGUGUCUCCCCAAAUACACAAGGAAGAGAAGGCAUGUUUUCAGCAACCUGGCACCACAAGGGGGAGAAAGCGAGGCAGUGCAAAUGACUCUGAACAUGCUGCUGCUGCUGUGACAGAUGAGGAAGACCAAAGAGCUCAUAAUUUAGACAGAGCCACUAACGACUCAUUUCUACCUCAAAGUAAUGUCAAAAGCAAAGGUAGGGGCCAGAAAGCAGAAACUAUCAUGAUUCCAGUAACUGCUUUAUUCACGAAUGAACACGAAGUUAAGGAGAAUGGCAGACAGAAAGGGAGGAAGAGGGAGCUGGAGGAGAUGCUGGGGGAUGAGGAGGGGGAAAGCAGCGGGUCGAAAAUAUCCAGAGGGAAGGCAAAUGCCCGGGGGCGAAGAACAGAAGCAACAGCAGCAGAGGAGGAGGAGAGAAAGAGUGAAGCAAAGGAGGUGAAACCUGCUCCUGCCCCAGCUAGUAGAGGGGGCAGAGCAUCCACCACUCAGGGGAGGAGGAAUGCCAAAGAGCCAUUUGCUGGAGAGGAGGUGAAGAAACACACUCAGACAAUUGAGGUGGAGAUUGUUGACGGGAGGUUCGAGGGAACGCAGUCAGUCACCCACACAAAGAAGGCCGACAGGGAGGAAGGAGGUACAACUUCUGCCCUUGUUUCCAUGGAUCGGGAUGCAAGCUCUGAGUCGCCAGAGGUGCCACAGACCCCCACAGGGAAGGCAUCCAAUAAGCGAGCCGCCCCAAUGGGCUCCUCCCCUGUGGCUAAGACCCCUCGUACCCCCUCUGCUUCCCCCAGGGCUACGAGCCGUAUCAGAGCUUUCAAGCAGUCCUACAAGGUUUUGUUUACAGGGGUGACGGAUGAGGCGGGGGAGAAUGUGGUGGGUCGUCUGGGCGGCAGCUUGGCAACAGGCGUGGCUGACGUCACCCACCUGGUGACUGACAAGGUGCGCAGGACCGUCAAGUUCCUGUGUGCCAUGGCAAGAGGGGUGCCGAUUGUAACCACCGAUUGGCUGGUGAAGUGUGGCAAGGCCGGCAGCUUCCUGUGUCCGGAUGUUUUCAUUGUGAAUGACAAAGAGCAGGAGAAGAAGUUUAACUUCUGUCUGGAGAAGUCCCUGAGGAUUGCCAGUAGUCAGCCUCUCUUACAGGGAUAUAAUAUACACGUUACAAAGUCAGUGAAGCCAGAGCCAAUGCAUAUGAAAGACAUUAUUUGCUGCAGUGGAGCCACUUUUCUCCCCAAGAUGCCAUCUUCUCACAAGGCUCAGACCAUAGUGAUUUCCUGUGAGGAGGACUGGUCACUGUGUGGACCCGCCCUCGCUGCCUCCCUCCCGGUCGUCACUGCCGAGUUCAUCCUGACCGGAAUCCUCCAGCAGAAAAUAGAUUUUGAGACCCACUCCUUACCAGCCCCUACGAUUCAACCCCAGGCUGUGGGAGGUCGAGGGAGGGGCAGGAAGAAGUCAUAGCACGGACACAAUGACUUGUAGCAGGUUCAGUGUAUAGGAAACAGCCAGGUUACACACACGUGCAGGUGGGACUAGGCAGGCCUCAUCCACGGUUACACCUGUACACUAUCGUCCAAGCCAGUGAGACCAGCAGCCUCACUAUUGAAUCUGCACAACCUACAGCACCAGAAUGGCCCAUAUGUGUAGAACAUUAUAAAACCAUUGUGACU